AUGGUAACAAUACUGAUAACAGUGAUAAGUAAUUUUUCUCUUCAGAUAUUAUCGCAUUUGGUACUGUUCUGUUUCGCGGCAUUCGGAAAUGUGGCGAUGUUGUUAAUACUGCAUCGGAAUAUUCGAUCGGCACGGGGAAGUCGCAUCUAUUUGCUGUUAUUGCAUAUGAAUAUCGCUGACUUAAUAGUCACAUUUGAGUAUCUUCCGAAGCAAGUCAUUCAUAUGUACACGGUUUGGUGGUACGGAGGCAAUCUUCUUUGUAAGAUUGGUCGCUUCUUCGACAUCUUCGGUGUGAGUUUAUCGUCAGCAGUAUUAAUUUGCAUGUGUUUCGAUCGUAUGCUUUCGGUUUCGAGACCGUUCUCAACCUUUCACGGAAUUCAUCGAAGUAAAAUCAUGUUGUCUGUCGCGUGGAUCACUGCCUUCAUUAUCAGUUUACCUCAACUGUAUAUAUUCCUAACGGCAUCGCACCCAUGUGAUCACAGAUACGUGCAAUGCAUCGCCAGGGACUACAUCGGACUAAUGGAUACUCGCUAUGUUCUGAUAUACACAUUCGCAACUGCCGUCUACGUCUAUUUCUUACCUUUAGCUGUUAUCAUUUGUUGCUAUUCGUUGAUCUUUUAUCGACUCAAAAUAUCCGUCAAGUCACAAAAAGAUGGAAGGUCUUCUUCAUGUCGUCUCGAAAGAUCACGUACUGUACGUGCCAGUUCAUCGCACCUAAUCAACCUUAAACGAGCUAAAUCCAAAACUGUCCGAAUGACGUUAAGCAUUGUGCUCUUCUUCCUGAUCUGUUGGACCCCUUACUAUCUCGCCACCACUCUUCACUUUAUUGACAUCGAUUACUCGACGGGUCGUCCGAAACGACAUAUAGUAAUACCACCGACAUUGCAUAAAUUACUUUAUAUGUUCGCAACUAUGAAUAGUGCAUUCAACCCGUAUGUAUAUGGAUAUUUCUCAUUCGAUAUCAAGAAAGAGCUGUCGAGACUCGUUCAUUAUUGGUUAUACAACAGUAAUGCCGACGAGGACUGUAUCCUCCAACAACACAGCUCUACAAAAUACCGUACUACCUGUAAUGAGUUAUUGUGA